AGGCUGGAACGUCGUUACUUCAUGCAUAAAGUUCCCCUUGAUGGCGUGAGUGUGUUUAGUUUGGUUAACAGAGUGGGGGUUUUCUCUGAAUCGUGACGAAAAAUGGUUGCUACAUAGAUCGCGGAUAUCGUUCUUAGUGAUAUUUUAUUGUUUUGUUCUAUAAUUAUUUUGAUUUGAUUGUGUAUAAUUAGUGAAACAAAGUAUAUGAUGGCCCACGGAUUGAAUUCGGUUAUAAAGAGAACUGUAACAAGUACAAAUUGUAAAAGCGAAGGUAAAGGCAUUGGAUCACGUAGGAUUUUUGCUCCUCAUUUCAAAUUACAAGUACUAGACUCAUAUAGAAAUGAUGGGGAUUGUAAAGGAAAUCAGAGAGCUACAGCAAGGAAGUAUGGAAUACACAGGAGACAAAUCCAAAAGUGGUUACAAGUGGAAAAUACCCUCCGUAAUAGUGUCAGCAAAGAAAAAUCAGAGUGUUUGCAAGUAGAAAAUAUUAUUCGUAGUUGUAUAAGCAAGGAAAAAUCUGAAUGUGCGACAGAGACAAAAAUAUGCGAGUUCGAGUUGACCUUGAACGUUAACAGACAGCGGGACGACGAUAUGUUCAGCAGCGGUGUCGAAGCUCGGGUUCCGGCGCUAACGCAAAGCCCUUUGGCGCCCCCAUACGCCCCGCCGCGUCCCCUCCCCCUCGACUUUACGACUCGUAGUCGAGGUUCAGACCACACCAGCCCGAAUGUCGCCAGGCCAGAAUCGCCCCGCUCUCCUCUGGACCCCGCAACACCGAUAGAUCUCUCAUUUAAAAGACCUACUUCGAUGACCAGCGCACCUGUGUUAUGUUCCGCCGCCCCGCUCACUCCUCCCGUCUCUCACGAAACUGGCCAAUGUAUAUAUUUUCCGAUGUCAAAUUCUCCCUCUGAACAGUAUCAUCCAGAUAUUUGGGAUUUGUCAACUAAAAGCCUAAAAAGAAAAAGUCCCAGUCCAGUGCCAGUGAUUUCCCCGAAGCCUGUUAAACUUUUUAAACCGUACCUUGACGACAUAAAAGAGCCCGAAGAAAUGAAAGAGCCUGCUUGCUGCUCUGCUUCUCUAUCUCCUUGCGAUACUAUAUAUUACAACAAUGUUUGUGAUAUAAAGUCAGACUACAGCAGCUCAUAUACUUUGCACGAACUUCAGCCUAAUUCAGCUAUUAAUUACUAUUAUUACCCACCUUACACCUCCAGUACAGAAUUCGAAUGUAAUGGUUAUUGUUGUGAAGAUAUUAGCUACGGACAAAACCUGGCCCCACUAAAACAUAGGCAGAGUUAUAGUUUAGAUUUCAAGUUAAGUGCCAUAGAUUGUUACUAUCAAGACUCUAUUUGCAAAGGAAAUCAAAGGGCUGUUGCCUCCAAGUACAACAUUCACAGAAGGCAGGUACAAAAGUGGUUAAAACAGGCCGAGGAAUUGAGACACAGAAAUGAGUCUAUGAAGCAGAUACAUGCUGUAAGGUAGAUAAUCAACAGGUAGGAUGCUACAGAAUUAAUGGUCAAUUUCAAAAAUUAUAUUCUUGUAUGAUUUAAACCUAUUUUAGAAAGGGAAUAUCAAUAAUAGAAAAAAACUUGAAUAGAAAUGUAGCAUGUAUUAUAAAUUUGAAAUUUUUCUGAGAAAGAGCGCCACUAAAAAAUGUACUAAUUCAUGACAGCAUCAACCUCCAAAUUAUUCACUAUAAACAACCAAUAUAAAUAUACCAUAAUGAGAUGUGAAAAUACUAAGUGCAGAAAGAGGCUAUCAACAAUAUCGAAACUAUAGUCUCAAUUAUUUGUGAAACAGCACGUAUUGAAUCAAAAAUGAAAAUAUGUAUGAUAAACAUUCCAACUGAAUGUGAGUACAAUUCUUUAUAUUUGGCAAUAUAGAAGAUGGCAGUAAGUUUGCAGAUUUUCCUGUGUUCAUAUCAGAAUCAUGUAUAAUGGAUGAGAAAUUUAACUAGCUAAGUUUAACAGGAUAGUGAAAACCCUGAUUAUUAAUAGAUAGUGUUCAGUUCAUAUAGCGCUGGUAGGAAACGCUAUAUUAUAGACAUGACAAGAGAACAGAUAGCUAAUAUUUCAAGAAAUGUAUCUGCAAAAUUGGAAUAAGGAUAUAAAAAAAGUAAAUUAAAAAUUUCUGAAAUAUUUCAAAUAAUUGAUUAACAUGUGAGGUCAUAAAGGUUGUCCAGAAUUAUUUACAUUAAUACUAGAUCUGAUAUUACAUCCAAAGCUGAAUAAAAAAGUGGGAACAACCCUUUGAAGGGAUGAAUUGACAAAUGUGAGUAUAACGAUUUUGAUUACAGAAUUUAUGUAGCAAGUGUGAUUAUAAGAUAUUGGGACAAACAAUUUCAUGUCAUCACUUACCAGAAAAAUAAUGUCUUGAAAUAAUUAGAAAUAAUUCUCACUUUCUCUCUGAAGCUUCCUUGCAUUCAUAUAGGAUGGGGUAGUUGAUGACAUUAAAUUAAUUUUUCUAAUAUCUUGUAAUCGUUCCCAAAAUAUGAAACCCGUAAUCAAAAUCUCUUAGCAGAUAUUUUAAUUCAUCAUUUUAAAGGUUUGUGUUUAUUUUAUUUGGUUUUAAAAACGAUUUUACAUAAAGAAAUAGGGGUGUACUUAUUUCUGUAAAUAUUGUUGAAUCAAGUAUAAAAAUGAAUGUAUACAAUUCUGAAUAAAAUUUUUUUUUUAUUAUUGAAUGGUUAUUUUAUAAAGACAAGUUCAAAGUUAAUUUCAAAUUAUUAAUAUACUCUAAAAUUCAACAUUAAGAAGUUUUUUUGAAAUUAAAGAGAAGUUCUUGUCUAUCCUCAAAUAGGAAAAUAUGAUUACAAGCCAUUAAGAGUCUAUUAAUUGUUAAGAAGUAACAUAUCCGAUUUGUUUAUUUGCCUUAUACAAAUAUCGGUGCUAAUUUAAGAAUUAUUGCUCAGCAUAUGACAAUGUGCCUUGUUAGAUUGUAGGAAAUUAUGUGCCAAAAAAUUAAACGGGAGACAGCUGUUGAUAUACCUGAAAUUAUGCAAUAUAUUUAGUAUUCUAUUUUUGAAACUGUCCUUUGUCUUCCUUACGUUUGCCAUUUUAUUAAAUAAAUCUUGGUGUGUAUGCUGCCAAGUUUCUUAUUUAUUAUUUAUUUUAUAAUUAUGUGUAUAUAUUUUGUAAUAAUACAAUCUACUUAACAGAUUUAUUGGGUAUUGUUUAAAAGUUAUCAUUUACAAAAAAACGGCAAGUAAAUAUUUAAAAUGAGGUAACAAUGUACGAGAAUCAUAUUUAUAUUUUUGUAACAGAUUGGUCUUCUCCAGUUUAACACUGUACGUGGGAUUUCAAAUAUGUAUUAUCCAAGAUAAUUAAGUUUCUAUCCAUGCUGAAUUAUGUAAAGGUUGAUGGUAGAGAAUUGUGAAAAUGGUUAGUAAUAUUUCUAUUUUCACGGUUAACUAAUUAAAAACAAAUUUUCUUUUCCAAUCAUUGUUAUGCAUAUAUCAUUGGUUAGGUAUAACAUAUAUAAACCGAAAAAAUAGAACAAGUCAAAUUUGAUCAUACAUUUUCCUUGCUGUUUUUUACUAUUCAAUUUUGUAAUUCUUUCAAAUAUGAAUUUGCAAUUUACUUAUGUGAUUUUGUUAGAUAUGUAUAUUAUAGUAAUGUGAAUUUUGUAUAUACCGAUCAUGCAUAAAUAUACUGUGACCAUCAAUAGGUUGUGAAAACAGCAUUGAUAAAAUUGUUUUUUACCUUAUUGUAGGUAUAUUUUUCAGCUUGGCUGAUUGUAUGAAACUUUUUAUAGAUAUUGUAUUAUUUUAUAUGAGAUAUUUUAUAAAUGAUAUUAAUAAAAAUGUACAUAUUUAA